UACGUCUGAGGGUGAAAUCACGCGAGAAACACGGCGCGUUCACAAGCGUCAUGUGAACGCACCGUCCAGGAAGUGGCGUGCGCGCGCACUGGUCUCAUUUCGGGUUUCGGUUAGCGACAUUCAUGCCCCAACACGCUCGGGUUUGUUCUCUACGGCUUCAUGACACAAUCGGAAUAAAGGCGCUCUUCUUUGCCUCGUUCGAUUUUAGCAGCGGGAAGAGUUUAUGGUUCGCCACCGAUAAUGGGCCCCGGUUAAAGGACGGAAGAUUCUGGAAAGGCUGUUGACUGCGGCCUGCGGUCGUGAAGGAGCUUAGCAGCCGGCGACGGAAGCUCCAGUGAGAGCGCUGGCUAUUGUGUGCACGGAGAGGAAGGCGUCUGUCGUGCAGUCGAAACCUUGUUCCCUUCCCCAACCCCCUUUCCCUAUUCUGUUCUGGGAAAGAUCAGACAAGUAUCGCCAAGAUAGCCGGGCCAGGCAGGAAGAGGCACACUUCAGAUCCAGACGCCGGCAGUGGCAGUGAUUCAGGGGACGGGCGGCCUGUCAGCACCAAGUGUAUGAAAAUGGCCAGCAGUGGUGGUAGUGGGGCAGGUGGCCGUCGCGGUGGAGGGGCUCAGCAUCAGCAAAAAGGAGGUGAGCUUUCCUCAACCGGAAGUAAGAAGAAGCAGAAGGACAGGGCCAACCAGGAAAGCCGAGAGGCCAAGAGGGCAGCAGCUGCUGCAGCAGAGGAAGCUGUCCCAGAGGUUAAGAAAGAUAUGUUUCUGGACUGGAAACAGAAUGCCAAUGAUGUCAUAGUGCGUCUACGCUGUGGGGAUGGGGUCAACGGAGUUGAGGAUGUUGCCACAACCUUCACUGAUACACACUGCCACGUGUGCUUUCCAGAUGGCCGCGUGUGGAGUUGCCAGCUUCAGGAGGAAAUUGAGUCUUCAUUCAGCCGGGUCCAAUACAAAGAGAAGGGCGGUGUCUUGCUGCUUGUCAUGAACAAAAAGAUCCCUUUCCACAACUGGCCGUCACUCAAGUCCAACAAGAAAGAAAAGGAGGUGCUAUCGGUUGACACCAGAAUGGAGAUGGAGCCCAUGGCUGAUGAUUUGGAGUCAUCACAGUCUCUAAACUUCUCCUCCUCACCACCUCAAACUUCCCCUGUGCUGAGAGAUUCCAGAAGCAUCAGCAGUAAAGUGGAGCGUGGUGCCAAGCGCAACCAGAAAAACAAAGCGGCAAGUGACAAGGCCACCGUGGACUCAAUAGAGGCGAAAGGUGUGGCAUGCACAACUGCACCCAGCAAGUCUGUCACCAUCACUAAAUGCGAUAAGCAGUCUCAGGAACCUAGUGCCAAGUGCAUCUUAACUCACCAGCCCAAAAACUCCAAGGCAUCUGAAAGGAACGCGCAUUCUCUCAAGCCCUCAAAAGUCAACAGUGAAACUUUAGGUCAUCAGUUUCCCCCCAGUCAAAGCUGCCAGGCUCAACACAAGGAUGGAGACAACAAAGCGAGAAGAGGCGAUGAACCCGGGAAUAAUCACAGAGUUUCCAGACAUAUCAACAAAACUCAGGAAGAAGAAUGCAAAAGCCAAUGUCAAACAGAGGAACCUUCUAAAGAGCGUACACACAGAAGUAAAGGCAAUGCAGCAGAAGCUGCAUGCACUAGUGCGAAAGCAAAUCUCAAACAAAUGGAUCCAGACAACCAGGUUGAUACGUCUGGUCCAGAAAGACUUGUAGAGGUCACUGACUCGGUGCCUGACAAAUCGACCGUUGACCCAGAGUUGGAGGAGGAUACCAUCUUCUCCCAGGAAUGUAAAUUAAAAAAGCCGGAACCGGUGCCAGCUUUUCAUGCUGCUGCCAAACCGCAGCCGUCUCCUAUGCACAAUACAAGUCAGGGGGGCGGCGAUGGUGAGGAGAAACGAGACCAGUCAAAAGAGGAGCCUCUUCUGGAAUUGACGCCUCAGGAAGAAAGAGAACCCAUGGUCAACCUGCAAUUUGUGAAGAAUGAGUCGUAUGAGAAGGGCAAUGACCUGAUGGUUGUAAACGUUUACAUAAAGGGCAUGUGCAGGGACACCACCAGGGUCAUCUUCAGGGAACAGGACUUCACACUCAUCUUCCAGACGAGUGAUACCAACUUUCUGCGGCUUCAUGCCGGCUGCUCACCCAACACUUUGUUCAAGUGGCAAAUGAAACUCAGGAAUCUCAUCCAGCCAGAGCAGAGCAGCUACUCCUUCACCCCGUGCCGGCUGGACAUCACCCUGAGGAAGAGACUCAGUCAGCGUUGGGGGGGUCUGGAGGCUCCUGCCACACAAGGUGCAGUGGGGGGUGCAAAGGUGGCUGUACCUUCCAGUCCUGCGUGCAUGGAGAAGAGCCAGCCAGGCAGCAGCCAACACAGCCUGCCUGCCAAGGAGGAGCCGCCCAGGGUUGGAGAGGAAAAACCCAAGACCACCAAGACAUCCCCCAGAGUGGACGACGGUGGUCUGGAGACAGUAGCACCACGGUCAAUGUCGGAUCACGUUGCAAUCACCAAACCCGAGGCCACUGUAGCCACAUCCAAGCCCACCUGCAUGGUGCCCCCCAUGACUCAUGCACCGCCUCCAAUCAGCGAGCGCUAUGAGGAAGAGGAAGAGAAGAAGGUCUGCCUGCCUGGAUUUACUGGGUUGGUCAACCUGGGCAACACUUGUUUCAUGAACAGUGUCAUCCAGUCGCUGUCCAACACCAGAGAGCUGCGGGAUUACUUUCACGAUCGAGCGUUUGAGUCGGAAAUCAACUGCAAUAAUCCACUUGGAACUGGAGGAAGGUUGGCUAUUGGCUUUGCAGUGCUGCUGCGUGCUCUGUGGAAAGGGACCCAUCACGCGUUCCAGCCUUCAAAACUCAAGGCAAUUGUGGCCAGCAAGGCAAGUCAGUUUACAGGCUACGCUCAACAUGACGCUCAAGAGUUCAUGGCUUUCUUGCUUGAUGGGCUGCACGAGGACCUGAACCGGAUUCAAAACAAACCUUACACUGAGACAGUUGACUCCGACGGUCGCCUGGAUGAGGUGGUGGCAGAAGAGGCUUGGCAGAGACACAAGAUGAGAAAUGACUCGUUUGUUGUCGACCUCUUCCAAGGCCAGUUCAAGUCCAAACUAGUCUGCCCUACUUGCUCCAAGGUCUCCAUAACCUUCGACCCCUUCCUAUACCUGCCUGUACCUCUUCCUCAGAAACAAAAGGUGCUCUCUGUGUUCUACUUUGCAAAGGAGCCUCAUAAAAAGCCCAUCAAGUUUUUAGUGAGCGUGAGCAAGGAGAACUCCUGCACUGCUGAAGUGCUUGAAUCCAUCUCGAGGAGUGUGAGGGUGAAACCAGAGAACCUCAGGCUUGCAGAGGUGGGCAAGAAUCGGUUCCAGCGCAUGUUCCUGCCCUCGCAUUCCCUGGACACGGUCUCCUCGUCCGACAUGUUGCUGUGCUUUGAGGUUCUUUCCAAGGACCUGGCCAAGGAGCGGGUGGUGUUACUCCGGGUGCAGCAGAAGCUCCAAGUUCCCAAUAUCCCCAUCUCCAAGUGUGCCUCUUGCCUGAAGCCACCUCUGUCUGAAGACGACAAGCUGCGACGGUGCACCCGAUGCUACAGAGUGGGCUACUGCAACCAAAUUUGUCAGAAGAACCACUGGCCUAAUCAUAAGAAUCUCUGUCGGUCCAAUACGGAGAAUGUGGGUCUGCCUUUCCUGAUCAGCGUUCCACAGUCUCGUCUCUCCUACACCCGGCUCACACAACUGCUUGAGGAUUACUCCAGAUUUUCUAUAAACGUGUUCCAGCCGCCGUUGCAGUCGGGAAGGACGUCCCCUGAGACGGCUCAGUCCCGUGGUGACGUGCUGCCGGGAGGGCCGUUGGAGAGUCCUGGUUCUGGGGAUGAAGCGACGGGAUGCAGCAGUUCGAUUGGAAGAGACGACGUUGAAAUGGAGAGCCGAGGAGAGUUUCCUGAGGCCUCAGUCCUCCAUGCUGGGGAGCCGAAUCCUCUCUCCCUCUCCCACACCUCCCUGUCCUCCACACGGACUACAGAUUCUGGUUUCUCAGAGCUUGUGUCCUCAACAUCUAGCUCUGCCCUCGACCCUCACGCAGAGAAAGAGACUUCCUGUGAGAAGACAGUGAGGCCAGAAGCUGCUAUUGCCGGCUACCAACAUUCAAAUGGAGCAGCAUCAGGUCACGCGAGUCAGUUCUACAUCGCUCUGCUGGACGCCAACAACAAAGAGCAGAGGCUGGACGAGAGAGAGGACAUGCUCACUGACAUCCCUGACGACGCGACCCUGGAGCUGGUGUGGAAAAACAACGAGCGCUUAAAGGAGUAUGUGCUGGUGAGCUCCAAGGAGCUGGAGUAUGAAGAAGAUCCAGGCUCUGUGAGCGAGACAGCCCGAGCGGGACACUUCACCCUGGAGCAGUGUCUGAACUUAUUCACCAAGCCUGAGGUCCUGGCUCCAGAAGAGGCCUGGUACUGCCCCAAAUGCCAGCAACACCGCGAGGCCUCCAAGCAGCUCCUUCUCUGGCGCCUUCCCAAUGUUUUGAUCAUCCAGCUGAAGCGUUUCUCCUUCAGGAGUUUUAUAUGGAGGGACAAGAUCAACGACAUGGUGGACUUCCCAGUCAGGAAUCUGGACUUGAGCAAGUUCUGUAUUGGACAGAAGGAGGAAAUGCAGCACCCGCCGAUAUACGAUCUGUACGCGGUCAUCAACCACUAUGGAGGGAUGAUCGGAGGCCACUACACGGCGUACGCCCGUCUGCCCAGCGACAAAAACAGCCAGAGGAGUGACGUCGGGUGGCGUCUGUUUGAUGACAGCACUGUCACAAUGGUGGAGGAGAGCCAGGUGGUGACGCGCUACGCCUACGUGCUCUUCUAUCGGAGACGGAACUCACCCGUGGAGAGGCCGCCGCGCUUCCUCAGGCCCGGUGGAGCCGAGUCACCUACUGCUCUGGGGGCCACUGCAAGUCAGGCCUCUCUGAUAUGGCGGGAACUGGAGGAGGAAGAGGAGGGGCUUCAAGGAGGCCCUCGCCGACUGUUCCACUCUCGGCUGCGAAGGCGCCAAGUGUCAGAGAGAUAUGCAGAAGACUCCCUCCAAGGAAGGGAGCGGAUUUCUGAGCACCCGGAUGACGACUGCGUGCGAUAUCUGGUUUUGUGCACCGUCGCAGCCAUGCUAGCGGUGGUGGUCAACUUCUUCUACCCUCUCCUUUACAAGUCCAGCUAGACAUGACUGAGAAGUGUCCUGAGUUGCUGGGGUGUAUCCGCAGGCCGCUGGGUGCGGCGCUGCAGGGACGUACGUCAGCUGCACGUGUGCGCUCGUGCCCCUCCUCCCAGCUGGAUGAGCCUGUUAUUCCUAUGCAAGAACUCACUGCUUCAACUUGUUAGUGAUAAAUAAGACGACAAACCAAAACAAGCUGGCAGUGAGAGGUUAAGUUGGGGAAGGAAGAUGCCAAACCUCUGGAACAGUUCUAUCGGGGCCUGCACAGCAUCGAUGUUGUCACCAGGGGAGUUUCAUGGAUGACAAACACUGGCUCCUCCACUUGUUUGCAUGUCAGCUGUCGCUGCUGCACAUGCGUUUCUCGCUGGCCUUUUUAUACAGUUGCAUGGAGAUACAGAGGCAAGGAAGGACGUCUGCAUCAGACCUGCGUGUCAUGUUAAGUCAUCUUCACCUCCAGUGCGAAUACGAUGAGCUGCCGUCAUCAUGAACUGCAAUAAUGCAAGUGCUUUAUAAGAAACGUUAUUUAUUCUGUUUUCUGUGGUUUUGUUUCAUCUUGCUCUGCUGUUUGUUUGAAUGUGUUGAAGCCUUAUCAAUGGAUCAUAUUCUCAGGUCACAAUACCUCUGACUCGCAGCCUUGUCAUGUGACGUUUCAGGCCUGAAUUACACAAGUGAUAAAUGAAUUCAACGCAUUUGGCUUCGGAUGAUUCCGGGAGUUCUUUCUGGUCAGAGGCGUUUCAGAGUCACCACUUAGCCUUGGAUUGCUUCCAAUUGUUUUUGUGAUCUCCAGCUGUGUUUUGUUUGCGGAUGUUUGAAUCCAUGUCCUUUGAUUUGUCAAGUCCAGGAUUGGCUGCUUUAAUGCUGUAAAGUUGUCUAGAUGAAAGUGCUCUUGGCAGGAUCAUCUUGACUGUGCUAUUUAUAAACGUAGUCAUGAUUUAAACUCACAGCAAUAAUGUAUGUGGCGCUGCUCGCUGAGAAAACUCUCGUUUGAUUUGUUUUUUAAAAUAAACCAUUUGCUGUAGAGGGUCAUGAAUUCCUUCUUUGUUUAUCGUCUUGUGGGAUGUGAUGCGAGCGCCUCACUCACUCUC